AUGGAAAAUAGAAAAGAGGGUGAAAUUGAGGACAUGCCAAUGCCAUUGUCCCCACCAACAAUGGGGUCUAUGCAGAUUGCAGGAAGCAAUGGUUUUGGUCAUAACAUUGAGUUCAUGUCUCAGGCUUACCUCAGAAACCGAUACUCUGAAAUCGAUAUUGAGGACUACACCGUGUAUGCUGAUAAAGACCACCCUCUCCCCAUAUUUCUCAAGUUUGAAGAUGUGGAAUACAAGGUUCGAAGUAGCCAAGCCGCCUCAAUCAACCCGUUGCGAGUGAUGGUGUCAAAGUUUGCCUCGCAACUUAACUUGGAACAAGAUAAAUACAAGGAGAUCCUUAAAGGUGUAACAGGCAGCACUGGCCCUGGUGAAAUCCUAGCUUUGAUGGGUCCUUCUGGUAGUGGCAAAACAACCUUGUUAAAAAUAAUAGGUGGAAGGUUGACAGAUAAUGUGAAAGGGAACAUUACAUACAAUGACAUACCUUACAAUCCGGCUCUUAAACGAAGGAUUGGAUUUGUGACACAAGAUGAUAUCUUGCUUCCCCAACUAACAGUGGAAGAAACCUUAGUUUUUUCAGCAUUUCUGAGACUUCCGAGUGACAUGAGCCUGCAACAAAAGUAUGCAAAAGUAGAGAUGAUUAUGAAGGAGCUAGGCCUUGAAAGAUGUCGUCACACGAGAAUCGGGGGAGGAUUAGUUAAAGGAAUAUCAGGAGGAGAAAGAAAAAGGACUAGUAUUGGCUACGAAAUUCUUGUUGAUCCUUCAUUGUUGUUGCUUGAUGAACCAACUUCCGGUCUUGAUUCCACCUCAGCCAAUAAACUUAUUCAUAUUCUUCAAGGAGUUGCUAAGGCAGGGAGAACUGUAAUCACAACAAUUCACCAGCCAUCAAGCCGAAUGUUUCACAUGUUUGACAAGCUUCUCCUGAUAUCGGAAGGCUACCCUAUUUACUCCGGAAAGGCAAGAGAGUGCAUGGAAUAUUUUUCAUCAUUGCGAUUCAUUCCGGAAAUAGCAAUGAAUCCAGCUGAGUUCUUGCUUGAUUUAGCAACUGGCCAAGUUAAUGACAUAACUCUGCCUGAAGAUCUAGUGGCAUCUCAAGGAACUGCUGAUUCAGACAGGGCUGUAAUCAAAUAUCUUCAACUCAAGUAUAAAACUCAUUUGGAGCCAAAGGAAAAGGAAGAGAAUCAUCGAAGUACCAAGGCGCCACAACAACUUCAACUAGCCAUUCAAGUUAAGAAAGACUGGACAAUAACUUGGUGGGAGCAGUUCAUGAUAAUAAUGAAGAGAACCUUUCGAGAAAGACGACGGGAUUACUUCGAUAAACUAAGAUUACUACAAUCAUUAGGAGUUGCAGUCUUACUAGGUCUACUUUGGUGGAAAUCCAGUGCUGCAACCGAGGCUCAACUAAGGGAUCAAGUUGGUCUGCUAUUCUACAUAUGCAUUUUUUGGACAUCUUCAUCAAUUUUUGGAGCAGUAUAUGUUUUUCCUUUUGAAAAGGUCUAUUUGGUGAAAGAAAGGAAAGCCGACAUGUACAGGUUAAGUGUAUACUAUGUUUGCAGCACUCUGUGUGACAUGGUAGCACAUGUUUUGUAUCCUACAUCAUUCAUGUUGAUUGUCUACUUCAUGGCUGGCUUUAAGAGAACAGUCAUUUGUUUCUUCCUCACAUUGUUUACCAUCUUACUGAUAGCAAUUAUAAGCCAAGGAGCAGGAGAGCUAUUUGGGGCUGCAGUUUUGAGUAUUAAGAGGGCCGGGAUGAUGGCCUCUUUGGUUUUGAUGUUGUUUCUUCUAACAGGAGGUUACUAUGUCCAGCAUAUACCGAAAUUUAUGAGGUGGAUGAAGUACUUAUCUUUCAUGUACUAUGGCUUUAGGCUCCUGGUGAAAGUGCAAUACUCUGGAGAUCAAUUGUACGAAUGUCAAAGCAAAGGUGGCUGUCGGACUCUGCAGAAUUCACCUUCGUUUGACACGGUUAACCUCGAUGGAGGCUUGCAAGAAGUAUGGAUUUUACUUGCUAUGGCGCUAGGCUACCGAUUGUGUGCUUACUUUUGCCUGCGCAAAAGAAUCAGUGGAUGUCAUAUUUGAGCAGGAUUCUACUUUGCUGAUAAAUAUAUGUAACAAAAGAGAAAGUUCGAGGGGCUUUGAUUACUCCUCACCUGCUAACUUUUGAAUUCCAACAUGUGCAGAAGUUAUGGUACAAUGUUAAGUAAAUUUUCAAGGUGUCAAGCAUAUAUAUAUAAAGUAAUUUGAU